AUGACUACCUUCGAAACCAAUCCCUUCGCCGAAGAUGAGGUGAAUCCCUUUGCCGAUGGAGGUGCUAAAGGAAAAGCUUCAGGGCAACCAAAUUAUGGUGGAGGGGCAUUCUACACUACUAACCCAGGAAGUGUUUCCCCUGCAACCUCAGGAAAGCUCACUCCCCUUCCUCAUGAGCCUCAUGAUCGUGGGGUAACUGUUGACAUUCCUCUUGAUAUGCCAAAGGAACUCAAAGCAAGGGAAAAAGAACUUCAAGCUAGAGAGGCUGAAUUGAAAAAAAGGGAACAGGAGUUAAAAAGAAAGGAAGAUGCUAUAGCACGAGCCGGAAUAAUCAUAGAGGAAAAAAAUUGGCCCCCUUUUUUUCCUCUCAUUCAUCAUGACAUCGCAAGUGAAAUACCAAUACAUCUUCAGACAAUCCAGUAUUUUGCGUUUGCAACAUGGUUGGGUUUGGUUUUAUGUCUCACUUUUAAUAUUGCUGCUGUUACAGUAGCUUGGCUCAAAGGAGAAGGUCUGUCAAUAUGGUUUCUUGCUAUCAUAUACUUCAUUUCCGGUGUUCCAGGAUCCUAUGUGAUGUGGUAUCGCCCUCUUUAUCGUGCUACAAGAACGGACAGUGCUCUAAAAUUUGGCUGGUUUUUCUUGUGUUACUCGUUCCACAUCCUGUUUUGCGUUCUGGCUGCAGUUGCACCUCCAAUUAUCUUCAAAGGAAAAUCUCUCACAGGUAUUCUUCCUGCAAUUGAGGUGCUGACCUACAAUCCAGUGGUUGGGAUUCUCUACCUUGUUGGGUUUGGUUUUUUCGCCAUUGAAUCACUACUGAGCAUAUGGGUUAUUCAGCAAGUAUACAUGUACUUUCGCGGCAGUGGGAAAGCUGCACAGAUGAAGCGUGAGGCUGCAAGGGGGGCCAUGAUGACAGCUCUAUGA